UAUGUGUAAAUGGUUAUAUUAUUUGUAAGUGCGCAUUAUUGUAAAGUAGCUUUAAGUAUAACGGGGAAGAUCGUGUGUAUUAAUAAGAAAUAGCAUAUGCAGCUGCAUGUUUUCUGUGAUCUGGCUCUCACUCUCUUGCGCUCUUGCCUCUCGCUAAAACGAGGGUUGAUUGGGAUCGCAAGAGUCGAGAGGAGUUCAGUCGAACACCAGGAGUUGAGCCAUCGAGAACUUAAAAAGUAAAAUAAAGAAUAUUAAAAUUGAACUUGACUGUGUUGGUGUUUUACUGGGAUAUACAUUCACAUCCCUACAAAAUCAGAAGUGGGCCGAUCACGAGCUAAUAUUAAAGAGAAAAACAUUAAAUAAAAUAAAAAAAUGAAUUUUGACAAUACAUCAAUUGCACAACUAAAAAAGUGGUUAAGUGUAUUAGACUUGCCAACAACGGGUUCAAAGCGAGAACUUAUUUUGCGUUUAAAUAAUUCGCAAAAAGAAAUGCAAAAGAAAUUUGAAAGUUUGAAAAAUGGAGAAGAUGGAAACGAAGAUAAUGAGAAUGAUGGUGAAAUCGAAAAUACAGAGGACAGUUACGAAGAAGCUGACGAAGAUGGAGAUGGUGCAAAUUUCAAGGAAAAAGACGGAGAAGAAGACGAAGAUGGCGAUAACAACGGCAGAAAAGGCGGAGAAGAAGACGAAGAUGGCGAUAACAACGGCAGAAAAGGCGGAGAAGAAGACGAAGAUGGCGAUAACAACGGCAGAAAAGGCGGCGAAGAAGACGAAGACGGCGAUAAUAACGAUGGAAAAGGCGGCAAAAUUUACGAAGACGGCGACAACGGAGAACUUGGAGAAGAGAAGGAGAUAAAGAAUUCCAGUCAGAUUUUAGACAUUUCGUUGCGAAUGGCAACAGAAGUUUUAAACGAAUUUUCGGGAGAAACCUGUGCUCGAAAAUGGAUUACGCAGAUGUUUAAUAUUGGAAGUAUUUAUGGUGUUAGUGGACAAUACAUAAAAAUGCUUAUGAUUAGCAAAAUUAAAGGCAAAGCUAAGUUAUGGCUGCAUGCAAAUCCUGGACGCAUACUAUUACCGAUGGAGGACCUGAUUGAUGACCUGAUCGGAAUGUUUGGCGAGAAAGCAUCCAAGUUAGAAACAAGGCGCAAAUUUGAAGAACGGAAGUGGAGUGCUGGAGAAAGUUUUGGAAGUUAUGUUGAUGACAAGGUGAUGCUGGCUCAGGGCAUAAAUGUAGACGCUGAAGAACUACUGAGCGUAGUCAUCGAGGGCAUUCCCAACAUAGGGCUGCGUAUUCAGGCACAAAUUCAAUGCUUUGACGAUGUUAAGCAGUUGAAACGUGCAUUUGCUGAUGUUGGAUUACCCAAACCGUACGGAGCUAAGAAGGAGGCGACUUCGUUGCAGAGCAAGGACGACAAUAUUAUGCGCUGCUUUAACUGCAACGCUAGAGGACACUGGGCGAAGGACUGCAGGAAACCAAAGCGGGAGAAAGGAUCGUGCUACGCAUGCGGUGAGAUGGGGCACUUUGUGGCGCAGUGCCUGAAGAACAAAACUAAAGGUGUGGGCGACAACAAUUAUAAUGCCUCAUAGAUACAG